AUGCAAGCCAGCAGCUGGGGAGCCGCCACAGCGGCUGCAUUCAGACGAGGAGACGAAGCUUCUGCAGUGGCCCUGCUGCAGUCUCUUCUCGACACGCUUCAGCAGCAGCAGCCGCAGCAGCAGCCGCAGCAGCAGCAGCAGCAGCAGCAGCAGCAACAGCAACAGGCAAGGCUUGGAAGCUUAGGGGACUUAGUGGCUCCCAUAAAUUUCGCUGUUAGGACUCUGGAGGCCGCAGUGGCCCCCGCUGGCUUGCCAACAGCAGCAGCAGCAGCAGCAGCAACAGAAGCAAACUGCUGCUGCUUCUGCUGCUGCUGCAGCGGCUGCUUUGCUGCUGCUCAUUGCUGCUGCCCGCGGCCUUCCUGCCCACGCACACGUGGGGAGCCCCCAGGGGCCCCCGCCUUAGAAGAUCUAGGCCAUCGGUUUGCUGCUGCUGCUGGGCACUCUGCUGCUGCAGUGUGCCUAGCAGCAGCAGCAAACCAGAGAACUCUGCAGCAGCCGCUGCUGUGGCUGUCCCUAGCAGCAGCAGCACAUACGUUCAACCUGCCAUCUACGGGGCCUCUGCUGCAACGCGCAGCGGAAGCUGCCCUGAAGCAGCAGAAGCAGCAGCAGCAGCUGAGGCAGCAGCAGCUGCUGCAGCAGCAACAACAGCAGCAGCAGCAGCAGCAGCAAAAUUGCGCGGAAGACUCUCCAGAUGACUGGCAGUGCGCGGUUAGCUUGCAGCGCCUUUUCCUUGCUGUUCAGAGACUUGCUGCUGCUGCUGCUGCUGCUGCUGCUGCUGCUGCUGCUGGGGAAAAAGAGGAAUUUAAGGCCGCUGGGAGGUUCUGCUGCUGCAGCAGCACGCGGGUAGACUGCAGCAAAAAGGAUAACGCCGCUGCAGCUGCUGCGGAGGGGCUGCUGCUGCUGCUGCCCGUGCUGCUGCUGCUCGUAGAAGCUGCUGCUCGUACUGCUGCCUUUCUCCCUGCAGCUGCCUGCGCAGGAACUGCUCUGCUGCAGUUCUUGCUGCAGCAGCAGCAACGCCGCCUACUCUACCUCCAGCAGCAGCAGCAACAGCAGCAGCCGCAGCAGCAGCAGCAGAAAGAGAUAGAUAUAGAGCUGCUGCGCUGCGGGCUAAGUGCCCGCCGCACGGCGCUUCAUCUUUUGCUGCAGCUCCUGGGGGCUGCUGCUGCUGCAGAAAGUCAAGGCAAGCGGCAGCAGCAGCAGCAGCAGCAGCAGCACUUGUUGCUGCAGCAGCACAAACAAGGGGAGUAUGAGGUUGCAGCAGCUAACUGCAGCGGCAGCCUUUGCUGCUGCUCUUUUGCUGCGGCGCAGCAGCUGCUGCUGCUGCUCCUCAAGCUCGCUGCCGCUACAGCCCUAACCAGCGCUCAGCGACAGCAGCAGCAGCACCAACUGCAGCAGCAGCACCAACUGCAGCAGCAGCAGCAGCAGCAGCAGCAGCAGCAACAACAACAACAGCAAAUCACUAUCAACGGGAUUCUGUGGGGUGCCCCUCUUCUAACAGAAGUUGCGGCGCUCUCCCGCCGCUUCUGCAGCAGCCUGAGAGCAGCAGCAGCAGGUGACCAACCUGCAGCAGCAGCAGCAGCAGCAGCUGCUGCUGCUGCUGCAGUGCAGAACCUAGAGGCAGACCCAAUUUUGCUGCAGCCGCCCUUUGGCUCCAAGGGGGCCCCUGUGGGGGGCCUCCCUUGGGGGCCCUUCUCCUGGCGCAGCAGAUUGCUGCUGCAGCGGCAGCAGCAGCAGCAGCAGCAGCAGCAGCAGAUACAGCAACUGCUGGAGAGCCUAGUGGAGGCGUUUUGCUCUGAGUCUCCAGCUGCACCGUGCCACCAGAACUUGCAGCAGCAGCAGCAACAACAGCAGCAGCAGCUACAGCAACAACAGCAGCAGCUACAACAGCAGCAGCAGCAGCAGCAAGAUGUAACACUUUGCUGUCCCUCCUGCAGGCCAAUUUUGGCAGCAGCAACUCUCUACUUCUGCUGCAGCACAAUAACAGCACUGCCUCAAUUGGGGCUGAGAGUGAGACAAAAGCCAGCAGCAGCAACAGCAGCAGCAGCUGCUGCUGCUGCAGCAGCAUGGCUGCCAUUACCCUUUCUCAGGGGCCCCAAAGGGCCCCCUGAGGCCCCAGGGGCCCCCCUGCUGCUCUUGAGGAUUCUUAAGGCGCUGCCAGUGGUCGACUGCUGCGCACCAAACCCCAGCAGCAGCAGCAGCAGCAGCAGCAGCAGCAGCAGCAGCAGCAGCAGCAGCAGGGUGUGGGGCCACGCUGUGGGGCUGUGGGCCUUCGCUAUUCGUGCUGCUGCUGCUGGGGCCCUUCAGCUGCUAAGCCCCAAAGAGAGGCAGCAAAUAGCGGAGGCUCUUGCUGCAGGAGUUGCAGACUGGCUGCUGCUGCCGCCGCUGCAUGCGCUCAAUUGCGUCAGCACGCAGCAGCAGCAGCAGCAGCAGGAACGGCAGCAGCAGCAGCAGGAACGGCAGCAGCAGCAGCAGAUGUCGCUGCUGCCGUAUAAUGCACAGCACAAGCAAAUGCGCGCCCUCUGGGAGCAGCAAAGGGAACCACAGCACUCUGCUACACCUCUAGCUGCAGCAGCAGCAGCAGCAGCUGCUGCUGCUGCUGCUGCUGCUGCUACCCGCGCGUGCCGUCUUAUGCGCUUGUCCCCCAUUACACCUUUGCUAGGCCUUGCAGCACGGCAGGUGGGGAUUGCUGCAGCAGCAGAGUUGUCUGCUGCGGCAGCAGCUGCUGCUGCAGCAACACCUGCUGCUGCAGCAGCAACUGCUGCUGCAGCGCGACAGUUGCAGACACAAAACAGCAGCAGCAGCAGCAGCAGUAUUUGCAGUCGGGUGUACUGGUUUGGCUUCUGCCUGCAUGCAGCGUGGAUUCAGAAGGAGGCUCUGUCUGCUGCCGUUGCAGCAGCAGCUGCUGCUGCUCCUGCACGUGCUGCUGCUGCUUCGAGUGCUCCUGCCGCAGCAAAAGCUGCUGCUGCUGCUGCUGUCAGGGAGGCAACGUUGCUGCUGCGGCUUUGCGCCAUAUUUGCUGCUGCUUCUCUUCGCUCCUGUCUCCUUUCGGUUCAAAUGUCCCUUCCGUUUGCUUCGCAGCAGCAGCAGCAGGGACAGCUGCAGCAGCAAGAACAGCAGCAGGAGCAGCAGCUGCAGCAGCAAAUGCAGCAGCAGCAACAGCAGCAGCAACAGCUGCAGGGCCGAUGGGGGCGUGUCCUUGGCGCUGCUGUGUACGUACACCUGGCAGUGCCCGCAGAAGCAGCAGCAGAAGCAGCAGCGCUGCUGCCGUCUUUGCUGCUGCUGGCAGCAGAUGCUGCUGCUUCUGUCUCUUUCUUAAAGAAGAUCCUGCGGAGCUUUGCUGCAGCGUGUGUGACCGGCACGUGCAUGCACCAUGCUGCCUCAGCUAGCAGCAGCAGCGGCAGCAGCAGCAACAGCAGCAGCAACAGCAGCAACAGCAGCAGCAGCAGUGUUGCAGUUAUGGAAGCACACUUGCUGCAGAGCGGCUGCAUUGUUGGGACCUACCCGGACCGAGCAGCAGCAGCAGCAGUAGCAGCAGCAGCAGCAGCAGCCUCUGCUGUUGUUGGUGCUGCUGCUGCCGCAAGAACGGCAGCAGCAGCAGAGGCUGCAAUUUCCCGCCUAGUGCUGCUGCUGCAAGCCCUGGCGACUGCUCCGCAGCCGCUAUUGCUGCUGCUGCCACAAGCAGCAGCACAGCUGCAGCUGCUGCUGCUGCUGUCGCGGGCUCUAUACCUAGCAGCAUUACCAACUGCAGCAGAAGCGUUUGCUGCAGCGGCUCAUUGCUGCUGCUGCUGCUGCUGCAAGCACUGCCGUGCUGCCGUGGAGGCCGUGGGUGCCCCCUUCGCAGCGCCAUUGCUGGCAAGCAGCAGCAGCAGCAGCAGCAGAAGCAGCAGCAGCAGCAGCAGCAGCAGCAUGAACUCCUUCUGCUGUCAGCUGCGUUUUGUAUUCAACGAAGCAAAUAAUUGGAGCCCCUUGUUGCAGUGGGCCCCCGACAAACCCCGCAGUCACCGAGCAGCAGCAGCAGCAACAGCAGCAGCAGCAGCAGCAACAGCAACAGCAACAGCAGCAGCAGCAGCAGCAGGGGAUGCAGGGACAGAUGAUAGGGGAAGGAGCUGUAGUGAGGUAGGAGCAGCCAAAGAGAGACAGCAGCAGGAGCAGCAGCAGCAGAGGUGGCAGCAAUUGCAGCAAAGUUUGUGCAACUUUGCUGCUUCCCUGCUGCUGCAGUGCUGCUUCGUUGGCGGGACCCACGGCAUUGCUUUGACAGCGCGGCUGCUGCCGGGGGGCUUAGCAGCAGCAGCAGCAGCAGCAGCAGCUGCUGCUGCUGCUCAGGGACAGAAAGUUGGGGCCCCUUAUGAGCUGCUGCGGGAGUUUGCCCGGCGCUCGCAGCUGCUGGGAGUCCCUUCGCCGCUGCUGCCGCAGCAGCAGCAGCAGCAGCAGCAGAAGCAAGGGCAGGAGCUGCAGCGCCUGCUGUGGACUGCUUUGCUGCAGCAAGUAGAGACCGAGGCAGCAGCAGCAGCAGCAACAGCAGCAGCAGCAAAACGGAGAGGCAGCACUCAAGAACUCCUUGCUGCUGUGCAACGCAGGCAGCAGCAGCAGGCUAUCGACUCAGUCAACUUUCUUGCUGCCCCCCUUCCAGUCCGCCACUUUUGCUGCUGCAGUUGCUGCUGUUUAUGCUGCUGCUGCUGCUGCUGCUGCUGCUGCUACUGUCGCUCUUUCUGCUGCUGCUUUUGUUGCUGUUACUCUUGA